UUCCUUGAGAUUGGUUCUUCGCACUGGGCCCCGCCUCCUCCGGCCACGCCUCUCGCGGCCGCUUUUCCCGCCUCCGCCCGGGCCGAGCGGCGGUCCCGCUGACAGUUGAGGAUGGCUGGGGCGGAGGGGUCCGCCGGGCGGCAGUCGGAGCUGGAGCCGGUGGUAUCGUUGGUCGACGUACUAGAGGAGGACGAGGAGCUGGAGAAUGAAGCGUGCGCCGUGCUGGGCGGCAGCGACUCCGAGAAGUGCUCCUACUCGCAGGGCUCAGUAAAGAGACAAGCACUCUAUGCUUGUAGUACCUGCACCCCAGAGGGAAAAGAACCAGCAGGAAUUUGCCUUGCUUGCAGCUACGAAUGCCAUGGAAGUCAUAAGCUAUUUGAGCUCUACACAAAAAGAAACUUUCGUUGUGAUUGUGGAAACAGCAAGUUUAAAAAUUUGGAAUGCAAAUUAUUUCCUGACAAAGCAAAGAUAAAUUCUGGCAAUAAGUACAAUGACAACUUUUUUGGAUUGUACUGCAUUUGCAAGAGACCUUAUCCUGAUCCUGAAGAUGAGAUUCCAGAUGAGAUGAUCCAGUGUGUAGUCUGUGAAGACUGGUUCCAUGGAAGGCAUCUUGGUGCCACUCCCCCGGAGAGUGGGGAUUUCCAGGAGAUGGUGUGCCCGGCGUGUAUGAAGCGCUGCUCCUUUUUGUGGGCUUACGCUGCACAAUUGGCAGUAACCAAAGUAUCUGCGGAGGAUGAUGGGUUGGUGCUGAAUGUUGAUGGAAUAGGUGAUCAGGAAGUCCUCAAACCUGAAAAUGGAGAUCAAGAUAGUACCCUCAAAGAGGAUGUUCCAGAACAUGGAAAGGAUGGUGUCAAGGAAUUUAAAGCAGAGCAGACUAGUGAACCAUGUACCAGCUCUGGUUCUGAAUCUGGUCUCCAGACAGGACUUAAGAAUCAACAUCUUAACACAGAAUCACAGUCUGGCUGCAAACUUCAGGAGCUUAAUGCUAAGCAGUUUAUAAAGAAAGACACAGCUGCCUAUUGGCCCCUGAACUGGCGUAGCAAGUUAUGUACCUGCAAAGACUGUAUGAAAAUGUAUGGCGAGCUAGAUGUCCUGUUCCUGACGGAUGAGUAUGACACAGUUCUGGCUUACGAAAACAAGGGCAAGGUCGACCAGGAAGCCGACAGGAGAGACCCUUUAAUGGACACCCUUAACAGCAUGGACAGAGUCCAGCAAGUGGAACUUAUUUGUGAAUACAAUGACUUGAAGACUGAACUUAAAGACUAUCUCAAGAGAUUUGCUGAUGAAGGCACGGUUGUUAAGAGAGAGGACAUCCAGCAUUUCUUUGAAGAAUUUCAGUCAAAAAAGAGGAGGAGAGUGGACGGGAUGCAGUACUACUGCAGCUAGGGUGCGCGAUGGCGCCUGCCCAUCCAGGCCCAUGCCAAGGCCACUUACUGUGCCAGGAAUAAAGGAGGCGUGUCCCACAUCUGGUCCUGUUCGGGCCCCCCCUUGGAGAGGUUCCCCUCCCCCACCCCCACCCCCCCGCGGCCUCGAGCUUCCUUUCCUCCUUAACCACGGUCGCCACAAUGUUCGCGCUCGUUUCACAGCCAGCACCCUCAACCCCGCUAAAUGCAGCUCAUUCCACAGACUGCCAGCCGCCGCCCGACUACCAGAUAACCCCCAGUCAUUCGCUUAGAAGUUUUCAGAAGUUUGGUUUGGUUUUGAGACAGUAAACUAGGUUUUGUUUGGUUUUUUUUUUCCUACCAAUUUGUUCUUUAACUCCAGACCGUGUCUGCUCUGCCGGGAGCUGCUGAUGUCUCCCGGGACCCUUUCAGGGGCAGGCCCUGGCGGGAGCACCCUUUCUGUCCUCACGGCCCCUCUAGGUCCCCACCCCCCAUCGUGGUGCCUUGGGUCAGCUUCCUCCGGCCCGGUCCGCCUCUUCUCCCACAUCCGCACUUUGGCAGGUGUGGUCGAGGCUUAGAGGGCGUCUCCGGACUCGCCUCCCCUGGGCCCCACCUCAGGUUGGAGUCAGGGCUGACGACUUUCUGGGCUGCACGUCUGUCAUCUGUCAUGGGCAGGGAGGUUGGCCGACUGCGGGACUGAGGAAGCCAACCUUUGUUACGAUUUUUACUAAUAAAGUGAAAACUUCAUUCACAA